AUUAGGUAAGCCAUCACUAAAAUUUCAAAGAGAAUUUCCUUGGUUAUAACAUUGGACUGAAGAUUACUACAAUCUUAUUCAAAUAAGGUUACUAAACCUUGCAGCAGAUUAUCAUAAUUUGAUAACAUUAUCAAAGGCACAUAUUCAAAGAAUGAGGCUUCUUAUAUCAGCUCUAUGUGUCACUGUGCUAUGUUCUUAUGCAGCGGCAUAUGAUCCUUUGGAUCCUGACGGAAACAUAACGAUCAAAUGGGAUGUUGUCUCGUGGACACCGGAUGGCUAUGUGGCGGUGGUAACGAUGAGCAAUUUCCAAAUGUACCGACACAUAAUGAAUCCGGGAUGGACAUUAGGAUGGUCAUGGGCUAAGAAAGAAGUCAUAUGGUCAAUGGUAGGAUCUCAAACAACUGAACAAGGAGAUUGUUCAAAAUUCAAAGGAAAUGUGCCUCACUGCUGCAAGAAAACUCCAACAGUUGUAGACCUUCUCCCUGGUGUACCUUACAACCUACAAUUCUCAAACUGUUGUAAGGGUGGAGUUGUAGCAGCAUGGGGACAAGACCCUUCAUCAGCUGUUUCAUCUUUUCAAAUCAGUGUUGGGCAAGGUGGUACUUCAAACAAGACAGUUAAACUUCCGAAGAACUUCACGCUCUCGGCUCCCGGACCUGGCUAUACGUGCGGUCCGGCUAAGAUUGUUCCGUCCACCACUUUUCUCACAUCGGAUAAGCGCCGCAAAACUCAAGCACUUAUGACAUGGAAUGUAACAUGUACAUAUUCACAAUUUCUUGCAAGAAAGAACCCAAGUUGCUGUGUUUCUUUGUCAUCUUUCUAUAAUGAGACUAUUACUCCUUGUCCUUCUUGUGCUUGUGGAUGCCAGAACAAUAAGAAUUGUGUCAAGGGUCAUUCUAAAUUCCUGGACAUGGUAGGGUUACAUACACCAAAGAGAGACAAUGAACCAUUGCUACAAUGCACUCAUCAUAUGUGCCCAAUAAGAGUACACUGGCAUGUGAAGGUUAACUAUAAGGACUAUUGGAGAGUCAAGAUAGCUGUGACAAAUUUCAAUUAUAGAUUGAAUUAUUCUCUUUGGACUCUUGCUGUACAGCAUCCAAAUCUUAACAAUGUCACCCAAGUUUUCAGCUUUGAUUACAAGCCUUUGCUUCCCUAUCAAUCCAUAAAUGACACAGGUAUGUUCUAUGGCAUGAAAUUCUUCAAUGAUCUCUUGAUGGAAGCUGGACCAAGUGGAAAUGUUCAAUCAGAAGUGCUUCUUCAAAAGAACAAGGAAACAUUCACUUUUAACCAAGGAUGGGCAUUUCCUAGAAGAGUUUACUUCAAUGGUGAAGAAUGCAUGAUGCCACCACCAGAUACCUACCCUUACCUCCCUAAUUCUUCCCCUAUGAAUGCCCUCAACUUCCAAGCACUCAUCACCUCAUUCCUUCUCUUGCUAGCUCUUUGGUGAAUUGGUACAUAAACAUGUUUGGAUUUUCAUAUGAAAUUUUGAAGCCAAGUAUUGUUAUCGUCGAAAUACGCGACAACAGGUAUGUACUAUGAAGACUCUUAAGACAUUCUUGUAAAACAUCACAAGCAAAAGACUCAUGAAUGUGUUGUGUAAUUCAUGAUCAUUAGUAGUAAUAGGAUGAUAAGUACAACUCAUCCAUGACUUUUGUUUAAUGUAAAUACUUGUAUUGCAAUGUUGUAAUGAAUGCCUCGUUUGUCUCUCUGAUACAAAUUUUGUAGAA